CCCUUCGCCGCCGGGCGCUCUCUGCCCCGACGCAGCCAAAGCCCUCUCCUAUCGCCGUUUCCCCCAACCCCGUGCAACCCUAGCCACCACCGCCACCCCGCCGACGGCCGUCGACCGCAGCGAACCUUCCCCGACCCUUUCCCUCCGUACUCCCCGCCGCCCCCCGCGUCGAUCCUUUCCCUCCCCAUACCCGGCGGCCGUCGACCGAUCUCAGCAAGCCGCCCCCGUCGGCCAAGCUCGCCGUCGUACCCCGAGUUCACUCCGAGUCACCUUCCCGCCGCCGCCCGAACGAGUAUUCUCCCCCCAGCCCCGAGGCUGAAGCGGCAGCGAUGGCAUCGUCAGUGCUGGAGGCCACGCGGGCGGCGCACGAGGACCUCGAGCGGUUAGACCGCCUGGUGGUGCGCGAGCUGCAGCGAGAUCCCGCCAAUGCCCGCGACCGCCUCUUCCAGUCCCACCGCGUCCACCACAUGCUCGACCUCGUCAUCUCCACUUCCGACAAGCUCGUUGAAAUCUACGAAGACAAGGACGGUGCUAGGAAGGAUGAGAUCUCCACCCAUCUUACCGCGCCGGUGCAAAGCGACAUCUUCCCCAAGUACUAUGAAAGGCUCAAAGAGAUCCGUGAUUACCAUAGACGGAAUCACUCUGCCCGUUUCAUCAGUGAAACUGACGAUUAUGAGGAGCUACUAAAGGAGGAACCGGCUAUUGAAUUCACUGGCGAGGAGGCAUUUGGCCGGUACUUGGACUUACAUGAGCUCUACAAUGAGUUCAUAAAUUCCAAGUUUGGAUCGCUAAUGGAAUACUCAGCAUAUGUUGGCACUUUUGCUCAGACUGAAAAAAUCUCGCAUAGUCUAAAAGCUACCAGGCAAUACAAAGAAUAUUUGGAGCAUAUUUUGGAAUACCUGACGUCAUUUAUGUAUCGUACAGAGCCAUUGCAAGAUAUUGAUAAGAUUUUUACAAAGUUGCAAAGUGAGUUCGAAGAACAGUGGGCCAAUGGCGAAGUACCUGGAUGGGAGAAUAAGGGCACAGGGAAAAAAUCUGAAUCGCAAGAGUCUGCAGUAGACCUCGAUUACUACAAUACUGUUGAAGAGCUUGUAGAGCUUGGUCCGGAAAAGUUGAAAGAGGCUUUAACUGCUCGUGCAUUGAAGGGUGGCGGCACUGUUCAACAGCGUGCUAAGCGCCUUUUCUUGCUGAAGCAUACACCCUUGGAACAAUUGGAUCGUAAGCAUUUUGCCAAAGGUGAUGAUUUGAAGAAGGAAAUUGCUUUGGUUGAAGUGAAGAUGAAGCGCUUAUGUGAGAUUCUCGAUGAGGUCAUUGUAAGAACAAAGGAAAACGCAGAGAAGAAGCUGACUUUGACCUAUGAAGAAAUGGAAGCAGAACGGGAAGAAGAAGAAGUACAAGCUGAUAGUGAAAGUGAUGAAGAAGACCAACAAAUCUACAACCCUCUGAAGUUGCCAAUGGGUUGGGACGGGAAACCUAUCCCCUAUUGGCUCUAUAAGCUUCACGUCUUGGGUCAGGAAUUCAAGUGCGAGAUAUGUGGUAACAUAUGUGGUAACCACAGUUACUGGGGGCGAAGGGAUUAUGAGCGCCAUUUCAAGGAGUGGCGCCAUCAGCAUGGGAUGCGAUGCCUUGGUAUUCCUAAUACCAAGAACUUCAACGAAAUUACAUCCAUUGAGGAGGCGAAAGCACUGUGGGAGAGGAUACAAGCAAAGCAAGGGCUGAACAAGUGGCGGCCAGACUUGGAAGAGGAGUACGAGGACAAGGAUGGCAACAUCUACAACAAAAAGAUGUACACUGACCUGCAGCGCCAAGGCCUGAUAUAGAUAUGCGAUUCUGGUGCGUUGGGGUUUGGAACGCGGCGCUAAAUCCAUUGAAACCUGCUGACCUUGAUGGUCUCUGCAACUCUGUAUUAGCUUGCAUUAUACUCCAGAUGCCGCCAGAUGUUACUUGGGAGCUCAACUUCUUCGGGUUACGUUGCAUAUUAUGAUCAUUCAAAAAAUGAAAAUGUUACCACGUUUGCUAA